GAGCUGGAUAGCAGUGGUACAUGGCUUGGAAAACUGGUGGGAUCUUGGGGAAGUGCUGGGCAGUUUGGCUGAGCACUAGCUGUAUUUCACAGGGGUUUCAGAGGGAAUGGAGUCUGCCCAAGUAGGUUUAAUGUGUGGCCUCUCUGAAUGAAGCAGGCAGCUCUCUGGAGAAGAGGAGGCUCCGCUUGCAGAGCAGCUUUUGGAUCCAAGUAUGUGUCACCUCGCUGAGCUGGAUGUCCCCUCUUCCAAGCCCUGGAAACGUCUUCUCUUUGGGUCUUGUUUAACAUUUCUGAAAUCCAAAGGGAUGGGCAGGCUCGACCCCCUCGUCACCCUGUUCCCGUCUCCUUUCCAGCUCCAUUCCUACAUGCACUUCACUUAGAAUGCAUUAAACAAAGAGCAAACAUCCUUGAAUUUCACAUACUGCAGCAACUCAAAAGCGCUCAACCCAAAGGAGUGAGUGGCUCAGUUUCAGAGCAUAUCUGUGCAGGAGUGGGGAGAGCUCUGGGUUUCUCUCCAGGAGGGGCUGAUGUCUCCAUGCCAAGGGAGAGCUUGGCACCCAUCCUUGGUGUGGGCAGGAGCUCCUCUGUGAUAAGGGCAGAUGCAGGAGAGGAGGUGGAGGUGGUCUGGUGCUUGGCUUUCUUUCUUUCCCAGCAUGGUGAAAUGGAGGUUGGGAAGAGAGUGGAGGAAGGAAAUAGCGUGAAUGCAUCGCAAGGAGAAGCACACAGUGGAAAAGUAUUCAAGCUGAAGGACAUUGUUGGUACAUUAACAAAUGGAAGUAAACUGGAUAUGUUUGCUGCCGAGGAGAAUGUAGAUUUUCGGAUACACGUGGAGAACCAGACGCGAGCGAGGGACGACGUGAGCAGGAAGCAGCUUCGGCUCUAUCAGCUCUACAGCAGGACAAGUGGGAAACACAUCCAAGUGCUCGGCAGGAGGAUCAGUGCCAAAGGAGAAGACGGAGAUAAAUAUGCCCAGCUUCUAGUGGAAACAGACACUUUUGGCAGUCAAGUCCGGAUCAAAGGGAAGGAGACAGACUUCUACCUUUGCAUGAACAGGAAAGGCAAGCUAGUGGGGAAGCCUGAUGGCACCAGCAAGGAGUGUGUCUUCAUUGAGAAAGUCCUAGAAAACAACUACACGGCACUGAUGUCAGCAAAAUAUUCAGGCUGGUAUGUUGGAUUCACCAAAAAAGGGAGGCCACGGAAAGGGCCCAAGACCCGGGAAAACCAGCAAGAUGUACAUUUUAUGAAGAGGUACCCAAAAGGGCAAGUGGAGAUACAGAAACCUUUCAAGUACACAACAGUCACCAAGAGGACUAAGAGAAUACGACCCACCAACCCCAGUUAAAAAUAGACAAACAAUAGUGUCACAGUAAUAAACCACGAAAAAGAAAAAAAAAAAAAAACUGCACCAGAGGAAUAUUUUUACAUUAAAAA